GAGAAAGAGAAAGAGAAAGAGAAAGAAGCUGGUGCCCCGCCAUUGCUGCGAUCUUGGGAGAGCUCAAGCUCUUGGUCUCUGUGUCUCUCUCUAGAGAACCUUUUCUAUCUCUAUAAGUUCUCCUCGGGUUUUGGUUCUGCUCCCCGGCACGGUGGAGGAGAGAAUGAUGGCUCUCCGCGGGACUCGUGCCUGAAUUCAUUUUCCCGCAGAGGCCUUCUACGGAUUCUCUUCUUUUUUCCCUCUAUACUUCGUUUUUUCUCUCCCGUUCUCUUGUUGUUCGUCCCAUGGGUCGGCGGAGGUCGGCGGCGGCGGAGGGGAGGACUGAGCCGGUGAGGAAAAGGAGCGGGGGACUGAGGGCAAAGCAGGCGGGUCGUGGCUCGUGCCGUGGGAGCUGAACAAUGGCCACAACCCGCUGGCGCUGACUUUGGAACUUGAAAGUUGUCUCCUUUUUCUUCUUUCGUCUUUCUCUUCUUUCUAUUGAGCUCCUGGAACAGUUAAGUGUUUCGAUCGGGGUAGGGUUUCGUUGCUUGAUUUCUGUCCGGAUCGAUGGGGGCGUUGCUGAGGGAUGCACUGCGGCGCCUCUGUGUUGAGAUCGGCUGGUCCUACGCUGUCUUUUGGCGUUCGAUCGGCUCCCGGAACCCCAUGCAUUUGGUUUGGAGUGAUGGCCAUUGUGAAAGACCUGUCGAUAUUUCUGGGUUUGAUGCUAUGGACAUGCUUCUCAAGGAACGUGGUGCUGCUAGGAGUUCUGGAAAUGAUCGGGUUAGUGAGAUCAGGGGUGUAGCAGGGGACAGAUUGAGCAUGCUGGUUAAGACGACGAUGGCAUCCCAGGUCCAUGUAGUUGGGGAUGGAAUAAUUGGGAAAGCUGCUCUGACUGGAAACCACUGGUGGAUUCUUCGAGAUUUGCUUGAUGGAUCUACAUCUGAUUGCUUGGGUGAGAUGAGACCCCAAUUUCUGGCAGGCAUACAGACAAUUGCAAUCAUCCCUGUGCUUCCGUUUGGCGUUGUGCAACUUGGUUCCACCCAGUCGGUUAUUGAAAACAUUGGGUUCGUAAGCCAUGUCAGGUGUUUGUUUUCGCAGUUUGGGCAUACUCCUGGAGCCCUUUCAUGUUAUCCCACUCAAAAUGUGCUGGGAGUAUUUCAGGGGAAAAACAGUCAAAUGCAUGAAUCACCUGCAAUACCAACUGCUAACUGCCCUUCCAAAAAAAUUUGUGAAGGGAUGGGUAGAUCCUUGCCAUCAAUUGCUGAUGGAUGCAGUCCUCAAUCUGGCAGAAGUUCAUCAAGGGUAUCUGUUAGCCAGCCUUCUUAUUCUUCACUUGUGCAUGACAAACUAGAAUCUGGUGCAUCAAAAGUUGCAGCCAAUGAUGUAUCAACUCCAACUGUUCAUAGUGAAAUGUGCCAACAAAUCAUUGAUCCUGUUAUCAAUCCAGUUCAUUUGAAUAACCCACUAGAAAGGGUGCCUAUGGAAGUUCAGAAGGAAUUUGGCAUGCCAUUUGUCAGUUCAGAUCAUCCGACAUCUAGAUAUAGUGGUUCACUGGAGGAGUCACCAGUAAAUAACAGGGAACCACUUCGGCGUAGGUCAAACAGAUUUAUCAGCUCCAUUCCAUUGACAGAUUUAGAUGAUAUAGCAUUAUUUGAUGGGAUGAAAUCAUUGGUUGAUGCAAAUGCUAUUGGAAAAACUGGUUCACUUCCUCCUGGAAUCAAGAAGACCCUCAAGAUUCCAUGUUUUCCUGCUCGUACUGGUUCAUCCAAUAUCAAGAAUGGUGCAAAAGAUGCAAAUAGUCAACCUAUGUUUGUUGAGGAUUCCACAUAUGCUGGCUCUGUGAAGCAAGAUUCUCAGAAUGUAGUAACUUCCAGAGUGCAGGAACAAGAUAAUAAUUUAUUUGAAGCUACUGAUAUACUUCCCACUGAACUUGGUAAACAAGGUUCCUCUUAUAACUCCUGCUUUGGCGCUCUACCAGAUUGCUGGAUCAACAGUUCAGAUCCUUUCACAGAAGAGCGACAAUACCCAAAUACUGAAUUUGAUACUGGGGUUUUGGUGAACAGUCAGAAUAAGAUUUCAGAAAAGUCUGGUCAUGUGAAUGCAGUGACUCAACACUCCUCACAGGUGCUGCUGCAACCUGGUUCAGGGAAUGACUUGUUUGAUGUGUUGGGUGUUGAAUACAAGUCAAAUCAUUGUUAUGCAAGCUUAGAUGAGAUUGAACAGGCUGAUCAGUUUAAUGCUAUUGAAAUGGAUACAGGUGUCUCAACUUGCUUUACUCAGUUGGAUACAGGCUCCAUUUACGAUUCAUUAAAUUAUGAAAAUUCCUGCAAUGGUAAUUUCUUGGAGGAUUAUCAUGACCAACUAUUGGAUGCAGUAGUUUCAAAAGCGAAGUCUAGUGCUAAACAAAACUCAGAUGAUAAUGUAUCUUGUAAGACCUCCAUAACAAAUAUCAGCAAUUCUUCAUUAUGUGCCAGCCCUGCAUCUGGUUGGGUGUCUUCAUCAGAGCAGAUGGAGAACAAUUAUUUGGGUCUUUUACCAAUGCUAUUAAGGACUGAAGCUGCUAGUUCUGGUGCUGCCAAAUCUGCCUGCAGUAGUGAUAAAACUGAAGAUUGUCAUACAAGGAAUGCAAGCUACAAAUCUCAAGUAAUUCCCUGCUUUGAAAUUGGUCAGAGCAUAAAGCGUAUUAGUGCAACAAGUGCACCAAACAAACAGGUAGAUGAUACUGGCAAGUUGACUCGAAAGAGAUCUAGACCGGGAGAGAGUCCCAGACCUCGACCCAAAGACCGUCAGAUGAUCCAGGACCGUGUCAAAGAGCUUCGUGAAAUUGUACCUAAUGGGGCAAAGUGUAGCAUAGAUGCUUUACUGGAAAAGACCAUCAAGCACAUGCUUUUCUUGCAAAGUGUCACCAAACAUGCUGAUAAGCUGAAGGAAACUGGUGAACCCAAGAUUGUCAAUAAGGAAGGCGGCAUACUCUUAAAAGACAAUUUUGAGGGUGGCGCGACCUGGGCAUUUGAAGUUGGAAAUCAAUCCAUGGUUUGUCCAAUAAUUGUUGAAGAUCUGAACCCCCCUCGGCAAAUGCUUGUGGAGAUGCUCUGUGAGGAGCGCGGUUUGUUUCUAGAAAUAGCUGACUUGAUAAGAGGAUUAGGACUGACUAUUUUGAAGGGAGUAAUGGAAUCUCGUGAAGACAAAAUCUGGGCCCGCUUUGCUGUUGAGGCAAAUAGAGAUGUGACACGGAUGGAAAUAUUUCUAUCGCUUGUGCGUUUACUAGAGCCAACCAUGGGAGGUCACAUAAUACCAGUUGGAAUCGACAAUGCCUCAAUGCCACAAAUUCUAGUUCCACAAUGUUCUAUCCCUGCAACGGGCCUUUCUGAUCUCUUGGGGUGAGUGUACAUCACGUGCUAUUAAUCUUGAGGUAAUGCUGAGAGCAGGAUAGUUUCGCCUGCCAUGACUGGCGUACCGGUGUCUGAAGGAGCUCUGCACCCAAACUGACAUUCAACUGACCAUGCAGCAGAGGUCACCGAUCUUUGUAAACUAAGAACCUCUUGUUGUACAUGUAGAUUCUCUGAUUGCCAUUCCUUUCAAGUUAGUUGGAAUUUACUUUCAGCUGUUCCGUUAGUAAUCUUAUUUUUCCUCUUUCAGUGUGUGCUCUGUUUGUUGAAUCAAUAGCAGCUUUGUUGUAUUUCCUUGUACUACUGGCUUGAUAAAGAGUUCAGAUUGGAUCAACAUUGGUAAAUGAGCAGGCAUGGAUGAAUUCCAGGAUUGGUUA